GCGAUGCGGCGCCCAGGGCGCAAUUCGCGGUUGGCGAUUUCACGUGCAUUGGCGUUCAAUGACAACAGAGUCUAUUUAGUAGCGCAUUAAACCGACGGCUGUCUUAAUUCUCGCGCCAGACGCCGAAUUUCGUCUAUUUUUAACGCUGGGAUGCAUUUUCAGCCGGUGUCACUCGCCGUUUUGGCCGGAAAGCGCCUAGACAUGAACGAAGUCAAGCCCGAAAAGCACGGGCCCGUCGGCGAGCCUCAUUGGGAGGCGGCACCAAUGGUGCCUGGACUGCCCAUGGGUGCGCCGCCCCCGAUGCACCAUAUGCAUCAGAUGCCGCCGCCACCGACGCACCUGAUGCACCCUGGUGUGAUGCCGCCCGGACACCCUGGACACUUGCCUAUGAUGGAACAUAACAUGCCGCACACGCCGACAGGACUUGUCGCACCGUGUCCCAUAAGACCGACUCCAAUGUUACCAUCAACAGAGCCCAUUCCAAUGAUACCAGGACAUGUUCCAGGGGACGGAAGUGUGCCACCCCCUGGAGAACCAAUUCUUGCACCUCUGACCCCAGAGCUGAUGAACAUUGGUUGGCGCCAAUGCUGGAGUAAAAGGGAGAAUCGACCUUACUUUUGGAACAAAGUGACCAACGAGUCACUUUGGGAGACGCCUGUGCUCAAGUCACCUCACCCUCAGCAAAGAUUUGACCCCGUCACUGACCCCUUGGGGAUCCAAUGUGGAACAAAGCGACGAGCCUCUGACGAAACAAUUCCACAGGCAAAGAGGAUUAUCUUGGCUGGUCCUUGGGACUUGGAAGUGAGCACAAAUGUAAUUAUUUUGGAGCGGUCAUUGUCCGAGUUGCCUCAACCUCACCCAGAGACUGAAGCGAUGAGGGCGAAUUUUGUGGCCAAGCUUAGGCAAAGCUAUCAGGAUCUCUGCCAUUCACGUGAAGCGAUUGAUGCUCCUCGGGAAUCAUUCAACCGGUGGCUCAUGGAGAGGAAAACAGUUGACACUGGCACCGACACUCUGCUGCCAAGCAGAUGCGCACCAGAAAUAUCUCCAGCCAUGUUUGCAGCCAUCAUGGAUGACAUCCCCAUACGUCUGGUCAAACCUAAAUUUACUGGUGACGCGCGUAAGCAGUUGUCAAAGUAUGCUGAGGCAGCCAAGAAAAUGAUUGAGUCAAGAACGGUCUCACCAGAAAGUAGGAAAAUUGUGAAAUGGAAUGUCGAGGAGACAUUCAAUUGGUUACGGAAGACAAUAGGAGCCACUUACGAUGAUUUUCAAGAGCGACUUGCACACUUGAAAGCUCAGUGCCAACCCCACUUGGCUGAAGCUGUCAAACGGUCGGUGGAAGGAAUUUGUCUCAAAAUUUAUGCCCUCUCUUGUGACUACGCUCGCAAGGUUCGAGAAAAAAAUGAAGAAUUGCUGAAAGCCAACAACGUGCAGGUAUCUGAGGUGCCACCACUGCCACCUGCCCAUUUGCGGAGGAAGGUUUGGUGUUAUCCUGUUCAGCUGGCCAGUCCUGGUGCAAGACUGCCUGCAAUUGAGUACCUGCCUGAUAGAGGAGAACAAGCUGUGCUGAGAUGGAAGGGCGAUGGUGUUCCAAUCAACAUCAUGCACCUUCAAAAAUUGGAGCAACUUUACAAGCAUAGCUGCUUUGACGACAAAAAGUAUGAAAUGUUCCUUGCUCGAGUGUGGUGUUUGCUGAAGAGAUACUCGUCCUUCAUGGGCGAGACCCUGCCUGGAGGUGGAGGUGCAAACUCCAGUCACUCUUCAUUGCCAACGUCAGUCUUCGAGUGUCUCUACAACUGCUUUGGCGUCACUUUUGAAUGCUUUGCGUCACCCAUGAAUUGCUACUUCAGGCAGUACUGUUCACCAUUUGCAGACACAGAUGGUUUCUUUGGCUCAAGAGGACCCUUCCUCGAGUUUUGGCCAGUGAGCGGAUCAUUCGAAGUGAACGCUCCAGCUUGUGAAGAACUUCUCCUUGCCUCUUUGGCCCACAUCGAAAGACUCUUGGCUGGCUCGCCUGAGCCUCUCUCCUUUAUAGUCUCUCUUCCUGAAAGGAGGGAGGUGAGUGCCCCUGCAGGACCUGACGCCCAAGCACCAGCGCCAACCUCUGCUCUUGAGGCUCUGAACAAGUCUAGGUUCGGUCGGCGCCAAAUCGUGGUGCCAGCUUUUGAGCACGAAGCCAUCCACGGCUUGCAGCAUUGCAUUUCAAGGAGCGAGUCCAUAAUCAAAAGCUCGCACGCUCUUGUCCUCGUGUGGCUGCAGAAUGAUUCUGGAUUUCAUAAAUGGGGACCCACCGAGGAGAGGGUCGAGCAGCUUUUGGAGGCGUUCCGACCUGGGAGGAAUACUGACCGAGAAAGAAAGGAGCUUCUAUCACCGACUCGGCCAGGCUUGGGCGGCACCCAUCACCACAGUGUUCCAAUGACACCAACCCUUCCUGUGCCUGUUGUUCCGGCACCUGUGCUCCCUCCUGUUGUUGCAGAGCACCCCCUCAGCAACGGACAGGCAGUGACACCAGAAGCAAAGUGAUCCUCUGAGGUUUUUUUGUUUUUAGUUUCGUCAUAAUGACAAAGUUCUUCUCUUUAAAAAACUAGUUGAUUAUACAUUAUUCUAUUUAUUGUAUAUUACCUUCCAUUUGGAAUUAAUUUUAAUGUAAAGGAUGAAAUGUUUAUGAAUGAAAGGAUGUGAAUUAUUCAGUUAUGAAAAAUGUUUAGUCUGUCGACAAUAUCGAUGAAAUGAAACGAUUUAGCGGUACAAAUUAUUUAACUUGUCUGGGUUGUUUAAUGCGCCAGAGAAAACAGAUUUUGGUUUAUUUUGUACCUUUCUAGAUAAAAACUUGUCCAUAAAAAAGAUGGAAAAUAACACCCUAACCUAAUAUAUUCAGUGUAUGUUACUAAGUUGUUAAAUUGUUGCAUUUUAUUUAAUUUAUCGGACUAUCCACGUAAAAAAAGAUUUCUACAUUUUAUUUUGUUGCUUGGAAAGCACAUUUACAUGUAAGGUAGAUUUCUACGUUUCAAGAUUUAUUCAUCUCUCACAAAAAACUAAUGUUUUAAAAUCUUUUAUUUCCUGCUAAGAGCACUAGGUGUGCAAAAUUCACCCAAACAAACAGCUGCUUCCUGUGUAUCUGUUUGUGAAACAUCCAAGAGGUAUUGAAUGUUAAUAAAUGAAGAAAAAAAGCA